AUGGAAAAAGCUGUCAGAAUCGUCGUUUUGUCGCUCAUUUUCUUUGCAUCGCAGGUAAGUUAAAACAGAAACUGAACAGUGGGGGGAAGCAUUAGCAGCUGGCAGCAGGCCUUUAAACUGUGUGUGUCGUCGAAACAUGAUGGACAGAGCCCCUGUGUACUAUCUUUCUGAAUAUAUUCGGAUUUAACCAACACACGGUGCUCAUUUGUGGGAGAGAGACAGAGUGUCUCUCGGUGUGUAACGAUGUUAAGCGCUGCGGUUAACAAGCUAAUCAGCGUUAGCUCAGACGUUUAUGUCAGCCAGUCAGACUAAACUGAUGAAUGUGUUCAUAUAAAAACACGUAUUUUUAAGAGAAAAGGUUGCACAAUCGAAAGUAACGUUUUUUUAAAAGCCGAAACACACUGCUCACCAGCCUCUUGAAUUUUCUUUCAUAUUUAAACAAAGUCCAAGUUUGGUCAAAGGGUGAUUUCCCAGAUGUCCUGAAAGGCGUCAGACGCGCUCAGCAGUAAACUUUGAUCCAGUUGUUUCAACUUUUUAUAAUCACAGUGGAAAUGUUUUUUGCUCACAUGAGGUUGGUAGAAGUCAACUGGGAGGUUUUUUUUAAAGAAAUAAAUGACUGCUUGAUCGUGGCUUUAAAGAAUAAAGGCUAACUUGUAAGGGAGUGCAAGUGUAGGGUCCAACCCAUGGAUAACUCCCGGAAGUAAUGUAAAAACAUUAGUGCACAAGUCUGAAAAUAAUUCUCAGAUAAAUACUGUUAUUUUCAGUCCAUUAUUCACUCUUAAAUCCCUGUAUUAUUUUCAAAUUAAAAUUCUGACAUCUGGUGCCAGUAACAUGCUCCUAUCAUAAAAGUUAGGAUGAUUGCAUAUUUCCAUUUGAAUAUCAGUAUACUGUAUAUAAAGAUAAUAUACAUAAUUAGAUUUUUUUUUGUUGUAUAGCCUAUUCAUACCUGCAGUAACCAACACCGUGUAUAUAUUUUUAGCAUAUUCAUUGCGCACAUAUAUAUAGUAUAUUCAGUUCAUACCUGCACUGCCCAGAUGUACAUACCUUGCACUGUACUACCUUGCACUUCUGGUUAGAUGCUAAACUGCAUUUCGUUGUUCCUGUACUUGUACUGUGUUCAAUGACACAAUACAUUUAAAACACUUCUGAAGACGCACCUGUUCACUUUUAGCUUUUGGGGCUACUUUUAUUGGGUAUUUUAUUUAUGUGCUAUGUUUAUCUAUAUUGUUGUUUUAUAUUUUUAUUUGUUUUAUGCUUUUAUUGUUUUACAGUUUUUAUUGUUUUUACUGUGUCUUGCUAUUUUACUGUAAAGCGCUUUUGUUUGGCCACUGACUGUUUUUAAAUGUGCUAUAUAAAUAAAGCUGACAUUGACAUUGACAAUAAAGUUGAAUCUAAUGUAAUAUAAUCUAAUCUAAUUUUGUCCCAACCUUAUUGUAUAUGCAUUCAGUUAGCCUGAACACUCCUGGCAUUUAAAUGAACCAGUGACCUGUCAUCACAGUUUGUAACCUUGCUUUACAUGCAUGGUUGUUAGCAGUUUCUCAACAGUUACAUGCAGUUUUUCUUAGCUGUGGGUGUCUAUCAGUGUUUAUUCAAUAGAAAAGUAAAUGUAAGCUAGGUUGCAGUACAUUAACUGUAUGUCAAGCUAGCUGUCUUCUUUUAACUCUUUCAGUGUGUUAGUUUGAUGAACCAGAUUUAUCUUUCAAGCCUUAGUGAGGUAUUUAUGUAUUCAUCUAACAAAUGUAUGCUUGUGUAAAACUCAUAAGAAUUACUUUUCCCUCCCACAGAUAAACUGCCAAGAGGCAAUUUUGCACAUUUCAAAUGAGAACAGAGAGAGAGAGUACUGUCUAGUCCACAAUCACUCCUGGACCCCCCUGUCACAAACUCUUGAUGCUGCUGUAAGUAUUUUUCUUUCAUACCUAUACUGUUGAGACUCUUGAGUUUCAGCGUAGACAGAAAAGUAACCCCAACUUUCAUUUCUUUGUCAAGAAUGUUUAAUUAUAUCUAGUUCCUAUGUAAGUCUUCUCUUUUAUUUGUAUCACAAGAACUGAAACACAACUGUGUGACUUCCGCUGGGUAAUUGAAGUUACAACUGAAGCAUUAAAAUAAAUCCUCCUCUUAUCUCAUUCGUUAACAUCAUCUUUCCUUUCACAGGAGCAGUAUCCUCUGGUGAACCUGACCUCCACUGUGCUGUGUACUAGCUCAGGAAUAAGCCCAGAUGUGGUUAAGGACAAAGCAGUGGUGGUGAUGAGAGGGGAUUGUGAUUUCAGCCAGAAAGCACUUGCUGCACAGAGCCUCGGUGCUAAAGCUUUGCUCAUUGCCAGCAACAUAUCAUUGGUAGGACAUUGACACCAGUCCGCAUUGUCUUGAACGAAUCCACAGUAUAUGUUUUUAUGUUAUCAUACAAGACUCAUCUUUUAUAUUUACUUUUUAUCAGUUCCUUAUCACCAGAACACUUGUGUUAGCUUUUUAAAUACCACACAUCUGAGUCACAUGCAGAAGUGAUCCAUAAAUAAGGAACUGACAAAGCAGUAGUGUUGACGUAGGUUUUUCCAUGUAAAUGUGUUAAAUAUACAGUGCCUCCUUUUACAUAUUAAUAUGACAGUUUAAAAGAUAAAUAAACUCAUGAAGUGUAUACAACAACAUAAUAGAGACCUCUUUGGAACAACCUUUCUCCUUAGAUCACUCCAUCAGCCAAUGAUUCUGAGUAUGCAAAAGUCCAUAUUCCUCUGGCUCUCAUGAGGUACAGGGACUUCCGAGAAGCACAGCAGGUCUGACUUUCUAUUUUCCUGAUAAUGCUUGUUUUAUCGAAGAGGGUUGGCUGUGGAGGUUCAAACUGGUUCAACUUUGUGUCUGUCUCCUCAGUUAUUUGGUGAUGGGAUGCAGGUGAAGCUUUAUGCUCCACCGAACCCAAAGAUUGAUGCAAGCAUUGCCGUGAUGCUGCUGAUUUCCAUCGUCACUAUUGCCCUGGGUGGCUACUGGAGUGGUGCAUGUGAGAAGUGAGUUAUUGCUGCUGCACACACAGAGUUACUCUUAGACAGAAAACCACUUUGUUUAUUGAAAUAAAAAAAUGAACAAAAAACUAAAAAACAAAGCAAUUGUGUUCGUGGCAGGGAGCGGCUGAACAAUAGUUUUGCUGGGGGAGAGAAGAAAACAAAUCAGACAGUGGAGAGCUUUACCUGUACUCUCCUCUCAAAGUGGUUUUCUUUGUUGCCCUGAUGUGUGGGAUGCUGGUCCUUAUGUACUUCUUCUACAACAUCCUCGGUGAGUGAUGCAAAAACUCCUGUGCUUCAUGAAAAAGUAAUGAUCGUAUACAUUUAUAUGACAUUUGCUUUGCUUCUUUUCCAGUUUACAUCAUCAUUGCCAUAUUCUGUCUGGCAUCUGCCUCUGCACUGUUCAGCUGUCUAGAUGCAGUGAUGGAUCUAAUAGGCUGCGGCACAGUGAAGUAUGAGGGUCUUAGGGGGGUUAUUUACACACAUAAGCAUGUCGAAACGAACACAAAGGAGUAUAACCCAUUUGGAGAAGAAAUAAAAAGAACAGAUAAUGAUGAUUCAAUUCCAGAAAGCAGUCUUUUCACUAGAAUCUAAUACACUUUAUUGAAAAAACUACUUAAACCUGUACAGAUAUGUAGCAAUAUUACCCACUGAAGAGACAUUAAAUAGACUUUUUCACCCAAGUGAUCACCCAAGUGAAUGUGAGGUGGAGCUGUGUCUGUCUAUCGCUCUCUUUUUUAUCUGACCGUCUGUCUCUUUUUCUAGCUUCUCUAUUAGAACCUGGACCUUCUCAGUGAGGUCUCUCAUUUUGGCUGCUGUGUGCAUCAGCAUCGCUGUGAUCUGGGGAGUCUACAGGAAUGAAGACAGGUACUGUUCAGUGACACAAAACCACAGCCUCAGUUUUUUUUACUCAGUUUAUCGUGCGUGGUGAAACAGGAAGGGCUUAUUAUUCUAAAAAAAAAUGCAUAAACACCCACCUCUGGCGUAGUUUGUACCAGUAUGACGCCUAAGUCUAUGUAUGUAAGGUGGUAUGACAUGUUUGUUGGAAAUUUUUUAACUCAAAUGGUCCAUCAAGAGGAGUUUUUAAGAUUUCUGAUAACAUGUGGGUAGGUAUGACAGGCCUAUGUUGCCAUGGUGAAACAUGCAUGCCCACGAGCUUCAUAAAUGAUGGAGUUUGUUGCCGAGUGAACUGAAAUAUUGAUGAAUAUUUUUCUUCAUCAAAGUUAGCCUUGUUUUUACAGAGGGCGAGUAUUACCUGGGGACCACCUGUGAUUUAGACAGUGUUAUAAUGGUGUUCUUUGCAACCCAGAUCAUUCAAAGCAUUUACAGGUUGGUCUUUAUCUCCAGAGAAAGAAACGGCUUUGUUAUAUCUUAAAAGUUACAAUUUUAUGCUUUCUGCAUGUUUUUUUCAUAAGCAAUGCCAAUGUGUGAAUGUACCAUAGGCUAAAACAUUACUCUGUAACAACUUAGCAAAGAUUUUUAUGUCGAAUACUCAGGGCAGGAUCUGAUCUUUAUGAGCUCUCCCAUUUGCCUCGACCCUCUUAAGCUCCCCUGCCUCAACAACAGUAUGAAACACUAUGAGAUCCUAGUUUACAAAUGAAGAUUUCUAACAUCAACUAAUAACAAGCACACACUACAGCACAAAAUGUUGUAGCGAGUGAAACCCCUCUGACCAAACAAGAAUGUCAGAUGUAACUAGAAACACAGGAUCAAUUUCAGAAGAGCAUUUAUUUCAAAGCUCUAAAGAAAACUUCACAAUUCACACAUUGUUAUUCAAGUUUGACUCAACUCGUCCAUCAAGUUUCCAGUUAAUUAUAUUCAGCACUUGGAGGUGUGACGUCGAUAUAUUUGCUUAUUCAACAGGAUGCUGACUGCGGGUGUUUUAAGGUCACUGGUGAUUUUUAAAAGAAUUGUAGCUUUUAAACCUUUACGUCUAGGUUUAAAACAUUUGAAGUGAAGAUCUCUUGCCAACUAUAUUGGCAAACAAAACAUAUAAUACUAAAGAAUUAAAAUUGGUUGUGUUUAUAGCAGUUCUUUUGCUCUAGGCUUUGUGUUAUUUUACAUAAUGUCUAAUUCAAAGCAUUUCCCUGCUGGUCAGUGUCCUCAAGAAGAGCCAGGAAGUUUGUGUUUAAACACAUGCUGAUAAGGUUAAAGCACAAAGUGAAAUAUGUUUUUGUACUCUUGUAGAUGGAUCUGGAUCCUGCAGGAUUUACUCGGCAUUGCUUUCUGUCUCAACUUUAUGAAGACCAUUUCACUGUCAAACUUCAAGGUACCUCUUUUGUACAAUACAAGAACUUUAUUGAUCCCCAAACGGAAAUUAAUUUGUCUGGAGUCUCAUGUGAAAUAUAAUACUGUAUAUUUAUAGCCCCCUACCCCUGAAAAUCCCUUCCUCUGUUUGUCAGCGCACAUUUAACUUGCAGAAUGAUGUCUGGAAAAAGGAGUACUUUGGCAGUCUAAAAAUAUCUGUUAUAUAUCAUCCUUUCUGUCAUUAUAUUACACAGAUUUUGUAGUCCUUGAAUUAAUGAGGCAAAAACUACAAAUUAUAAUCAGUGCUGGAAUAAAGUUUUGUUUUUUUUCCACUGAUACACAGAUCUGUGUGAUUCUCCUGAGUCUCCUGCUUGUGUAUGAUGUCUUCUUCGUCUUCAUCACUCCCUUCUUCACCAAGGUAUUGGCAGAUUCAUUGCUUUGUUUUUCUCAGGGACAGGAGCAAGAGAGGUUUUUUAUGUAAUCCACCUUCUUUACUUCUGCUUACAUUCUUAAGCCUUUAUGCAGAUAUCAGUUAGCUGGAAAAUUUUUGCAUCUCUGUAAAAGCAGAGUGAAUGAAGUUGGUUUUAAAACAGAAACCAGGUGUAGAUGCUCAAUUAUUUUCUUCUCUGUCACCAGAAUGGAGUAAGCAUCAUGGUUCAGGUUGCACUCGGCCCAGAUGCAUCUGGAGAGAAGGUAAGUCCCCUCUCACUGCUUUCGUUAUUGACGAGGAACUCCACCAAAUCGUCUCCAAGAUGUUCUAAAUUUAAGUUCUUUAGUACCUGAUUCCAUCAGUCUUUGUAGAUCGAGUUAUAAAAGAAAAAAUUAUUAAUGCUUUAUUUUUGCCAAAAAUCACUGUCACUUCAAGUUGUUUUGGCUAAAGACAGUAACAUCCCCCUGUAAAUAUUGGAUAAGUAGUAGUUCGUUCAAGAAUAGCAGUGUUCAAUUUCUCAUCUUGGGACUGAGUGCAGAAGCGAUAUCAUAUUUAACAACAAGCUUGAAGCUGGGCUUGGUGGAUUUCCUCAGCUCUGUUGCACUGGCUUCAUUAACAGCCUGGCUGAUUUGCACUGCUUGUUGUUUUUGUUGCCCUGCCCUGAGGGGCAUCAUAGAUUGAUUAACUAACUGUGGGCUGGGUGGGCUCUGUCUUAGACACAAGGUAACAUGGUGGAGGUCCCUGCUGAACCCCAGACUCCGUCUGAGAAAGUAAGACUUCACUUGUUACCCUUUUACUCUUGUUAGAGAAUCUUACUUUCAGUUCUCUAAGAUAAAAAUACGACUCAAUAUUUACAUGCAUGGACUGUUCAGACAUUCAAACUGUUUGGCAUGAUUUGGUUACCAUGAGAGAAAAAGAUAAAACAGAACAGACAAAUAAAAAAUCUGUAGAGAAAUUCGAAUGCAUACCAGAAAUUUAAACGCAUAAUAUUUAUCUGUAAAGAACAUAUGAACAUAAAAACGGUGUAGCUUUGUAUCAAACAUUUUUUGGUGCCCACCCUUUUAAUCUUUCACCAACUCAGUCUUAAAAAUCUAAGACACUGUCUAAAACAAAUUGUUAUGGAUUGUGAAAAAUCUUGUUGAAUUAAAUCAAAGAAUAAAUUUGACAAGAACAGAAACAAAAUGUUUAGCGUUAAACUUGAUAAACUGUCUUUUUAAUGCUGAAUUUGAUGCCUGCAAUUUUUCUACAAGUUUUACACAGUGUUCUUUAGUUUUUGAAUCUGGGUUGCGGACUAGCUGCGUGUAUAUCUUUGUUUUUUUCUUGACUUCUUUAUGAGGAUGUUUCCUUAUGCUUUAGCCCAGCCUGUUCAUGAAAGUGGAAUAUAAGACGAGUCAGAGACCCACGUGUGUAGACUCUCAAAUGAGCCUCAGGUGGUCUUAAGUUCAGACAAGUCAGUCAAAUCAGUUUUCUGAACACAGCACCUAGGUAUGAAUCGGUUUGUUGGCUUUGUUUUCACAUUGUUGCACUUUGUGAAAUAGAUGAGGUCGUCCAAGGGAUAAAUUUUGCUUUCACUUGUUUUAACAGUUUUCAAAUGUCAAAGUAAAGCAUUGAUUGAACAUGGAUAUAACUUAGUGGUGAGAACUGCCCAGAUACUGAAGUGAGGAAUUUUAAGCCUUUACAGGAAAGCUGAAGCCGUAAUUCUCCUAGGACACUUCCUGUAAGAACGCUUUCCUUUAUUCUCUGGAGUUGCUCUGCAGAACAUACAGGAUCCAUAUUGAGUGCGUAACAUCAGUGUCACGUAUCACACAGCAGAUGGUUUACAAUUCUAAUCAAUGCAGCAUCGCAUACAGGACGCAUUUCAGCUCCGUCGCAGCUCCGUAUCAAAAGUGUAUCUAGUGCGGCUCUGCUUGAGAUACGUGCCGAGUCUAUUUUUGCUGCUCUACGCUUCCAAUACGCGUCAAUUCACACAGAGAAGAUAGUUCUAGACAGGAUAUCAACCGCAAAAACUGUGCAUGUCAUCCGGUAUUUCAAAAUAAAACAACCGACUGUGUAUCAGUUUGUGUAGAUGAGAAAUACUUCCUGGUUAUGGAUUUAUCAUUUACACAGAACUAUCUGAUGGUCAGUCCCUGAUCCAUGUGGACCCCAACAAGACUUUUAACUGCUAACUCUGUCUGAAGGUAACAGCACAGCAUAAAGGAGGAUAGUUUACUGUAUUAAACACGAGUAAACCUGCAAAAACCGAAACUGUAAAAUCACGUUGCUUUUUCACAUAUAGUAGAGACUCAACAGUCACUGAAUUAUAUCCAAAUUAGCAGGAAAUAGACCACAGAAAGGCAAAACAACCUGUUGUGAGAAUGUUGUUUCUUCUAUGCUGAGCCCAGCUGACCAGGGCUGCACUGCGCUGCUGCUGCUGCUGCUACGCUCCAAAUACGCAUCUUGUAUGCAAAACCCAGGGCUGCUCUACGGAGCAAAUACGGAACACACUUAAUACGAAUCCUGUAUGUUUUUGGCUUUUUAUGUACUCACAGCCUUAUUACAAUAGACUGUGUGUUCUGCGGUGGAUUGUGUGAAGGUUUGAUUUGAAUGCUCUUCGUCAGCAGCUAUGUUAUUAAAGACAAUUAAACUGACUGAAAAAGUUGUGGUCUUUCUGUCCACACAGACAAUACAAAUAAAGACUCUCACGUUAUGUAAGCUAAGGUGUAGCUGAGAUGUCUGUUAGACAAACAAGAUAAAUGUUGAGGCAGUGUACAUCAGUGUGUAUAGGUAGUACAAUUGAACGAAUUUUUAACAUGUCAAGCGUCAUAUUGAACCAGUAACACAGAAUGACCAGCUCACUGUCUUCAGUUGCAUGCAACACAAAUAUUUCGCCAACCCUUACAUGAUUGUUAACAUGUACAGUGUUUUACUUUUGUAGCUACCAGUGGUGAUGAGAGUCCCACGGUUCUCAGCUUGGGCUCAGAACCUGUGCGGCGUGCAGUUCUCCAUCCUGGGAUAUGGAGAUAUCAUAGUUCCAGGUGAGAGUUAAGCUUUAUUGGUGUGUACUUAAUUAUUUAAAAUACAGACAAAGUAACUGCUGGUUAUCAGGCACUUUAACCAAAGUAUAUCAACAUAUGAGCCAAUAGAGGAAAGAUGGGGGGGGGGGGGGUACUUCAUAGUUCCUCAUUCAACUACCCUCUAAAGCAGAAAUUAGAAAUGGUAGCAUUGGUUUUUAUACUUAGAAAAAAAUACAGGAAGUGCCAUCGAUCUCAUCCUCUGUGUCCUCAUUGGUUCAACAGGUCUCCUGGUGGCUUACUGCAGCAGGUUUGAUGUUUGGAUCAACAGCAGGAAGAAGAUCUACUUCGUAAGCUGCUGCAUAGGUAUCUCACAGCUCAACUUUUGUGCUUCUUGAGAUGUGACUUUGCAUGACUUCAUGUUUAUCGGAUGUCUUGUGCAGUCUAAUUUGACUUCAGUCUUUGGAAACCUUGAAGAAAAAAAAGAAAUGUAUUCAAAUGUGGGUUUAUGUCAUCCAGUUACCUUAUUGAUAACAGCACUCAUAUGUGCAGCUUUAAUGUUAUUGUGAAGUUUAUACUAUGCCAUAGUGUCUCUUAUAUUCAAAAAGAGUGUGCAUUUUGUGCUGCAUCUAAACUGUGAUUUUUAAUACAUUUUCUGUAUCCAUGUUGACUUGCCUGCCCCAUUACUGCAGUCAUGUAUCUGCACUCUGAACCAUUUUAGACUGUAUUUAAAACAUUUUUAUGUGCAGCAAUUUUUCAUCAGACAUUGUAUCAAGAGUCUCUUUUAGUGAACAGUUGUUUUUUUUUAAACCCCUGAACUAUUCAAAUUUCUUGAUCAAUGAUUGUGAUUGCAUUUGUCUUUUAUCUCCUUUAGCCUACCUACUGGGAAUGAUGGUGACGUUUGCUGUGAUGCUGCUGUCAGGAAUGGGUCAGCCUGCCUUACUCUACCUGGUACCGUUCACACUGAUAACGUCCGCUGUGGUGGCAUGGUGCAGGAAAGAGAUGAGACAGUUCUGGACAGGAACUUCUUAUGAGGUGAGGAGACCAGAGAGAGAGUCUAAAGCUGUUUCAUUCGGGCCAACAGUUUGCAUCUCUGACACAACCCAGUCAUUACUUUUUUUCUAUUAGACAACUACAAUAAACUAAGUACAUAAUGAUAAAAGUAAAUGUUAUUUUUUAUAGUUAAAGUUUGCUGAUCUUUUACCUGUAUAGCAUAACUCCACACCAUAUCCCCAUGGAUAUCAUAAAUUCAAAGCUUACUGAAGUGUCAUUAUGUGUUCACCUAACCUCUGUUUACAUGCUUGAUUUUCUCAACUUUGGGGGAGAUAAGAAAGUCCCUCAGUCAGGAUGACGCUCUGGGAGGACGGGAUAGAGAGAAAGAAAUCUUUGUGUGAGGGGGAAAGAGGCUGCAGUUACAUUCGCCUAUUAGUCACCUAUUUUAGGCAUGUCCACAGAGACUUACUAGAGGACCCUAUUAAGAAUGUUGGUUGUGCACAUGGUGAAGUAGAGCGUAUCUUUUUUAAAGGUCUGCGUGGUCAGAAAUUCCGUUUUCAUUUCUCUCCCAAGCAGUGGCUCUGAUAAUAAAUUUAUUAAGUGACAUAAGGCAAAGGUGAGCAAAAUAGACUUUACAUAAGACAGUAUAGACUUUAUUUCAAUGUGCAAUGGGUGAUACACAUUUCCAGUAGUUUUGAAGCCCAGCAUCCAGCUUAUUACAGAGUGCUUAUUAUUCCCAUCUCACAUCUUCUCCCUGCCUCAGAGUGUUUAGAAACUGCUAAAGGCAAAUUCACAUACCAGACUUUUAUUACUAAGGAGCAACAGAAACAUUGAGUCUAUAUGACAGUGACAGAGCGGUAAACAGAACAGUACAAGAGAAUUAAACUGCUCAGAACAUAAUACUAAGGUAUGUCUUUAUCAGCCAUCAAUGUGUCAGCUUUUCUACCAACUCGACUAUCAGCAUUUUCUAAUGCUUUAUUCUAAAUUCAUGUCGAGCUUCUGCCCAAAAGUGCUUGCUUUGAAAGCAAUAACAGCUCACAUUUUUGUUAGCCAGCUCUGUGUUGUAACAUCAAUAGAUAAAUGAAUCUUGAUAACUCUGACCUGGCUUCCUCUCCACCAGGUUUUGGACUCAACCAGGAAACCUUUGCUGUCAGGUGUGCUUCCCUCAUACCCACACCUCUCCCUGCAUCUCUCUUGAUAUUUUUCUGUUGCUUUCUGUGUAAUGCCUCCUUUCUUACCAGUUUCAUUUUUUCCCCUUUUUCCUUUGAUAUUUAUAUCUCUGAUUUCCAGGGUCAGUGCCCAACAUGCAUAUCAUACUUAAAUUUAAAAACAAAGCAGUCAGAGAACCUGAUCUGGCUCUUUACAGUCUAUGCAUUAAGUGACCACUGGGUGUCGCUAAUUGAUAAAGAAAAAGAAAAAUCUUCAGCUGUAUCCGGGGAGCUUCGCGGCUACUCUCCACUGUGGACGUGUUGGAUCUUUGGCCCUGGCAUACCAUUAACCUUAUCUUUUUCUUUCUGCAGUUUCUUUCGUCCACAGUUUCGUUCCAUCAAUCUCUGUCUUAACUCAUCCAUGUUUCCCAACCGAAGUUCAUAUCACUCCUUAUUUAUGCAGCUUCCAACAUUGUCAUGUUACCUUCUGCAUGCUUUUGCUUGCAGUUAACCCUGGACGGCUGUGGCAUGCAUUUUGUCAUUUGUUAUUUCUGUGGUCUGGUGUUGUAUAUGCAGUAUGCAGCAUAAAUGUGUCCUGUCUGUUGCCUCACUUUCUUUGUACUUCAGGAGCCAAGACAACAAGAUGGAGACUGAAUAAUUUUCAUUUUUCUCUCUUCUGUAGAGGGAAGAACUGACUGCUGCGUAGAGGGAGAAAAUUGCUGA